AUGGCAUUGCCGACGGCCGCUGCACGGAAUCUGGCAUGCCACAGCUGCCGACAAUGGAUGCUGCGGUCAUUCAUUUCCAGUAUUGGUGGCCAGGCCAUCUCGUCGACCAGCCGAAGAGCCUUCUCCACUCCACGGAUGCGACUGAAUGAAGCACGAGAACGACCUCAGAAAGAAGAGCGAGAAGAGCAGAUUUCAAGCGAUACAGACCGGAAGUACUCGCCACUGGCCGAAGGGAAAGAGUCAACGCACGAUGGUCAAGAACAAAGUGCACACGUGCCUUGGUAUCUCCAAGUGGAGUCUCCCAUCCCAGAGCAAGAGAACAGCCUGUUGGCUCGACAAAAGAUACCCGAUCUACCAGAAUAUCCUCCACCAAUGCUGCAGCCUCUUCUUGAAAGAAUUUCUGUCGAGCUGGGAAUGGACGAUCUGUCCCUGCUUGACCUCCGAGGCCUCGAUCCACCUGCUGCUCUCGGCGCCAAUCUUCUCAUGAUCGUUGGAACUGCUCGAUCAGAGAAACAUCUCCACUUCUCGGCUGACAAACUAUGUCGAUGGCUGAGAUCUGAACAUAGAUUGUCUCCAUAUGCAGACGGACUGCUAGGAAGGCAAGAGUUGAAGUUGAAGAUGCGAAGAAGAGCAAAGCGUUCGAAAUUACUAUCAGCGGUGGGUUCAAAGGCGACUGCGGAUUCAGAGCUGUAUGAAGGCAUCAGAACAGGCUGGAUCUGCGUCAAUCUUGGCAGAGUGGAAGGCGGCGACUUGCCCAAGUCUGAGGAAGAGCUGGCGCGAGAGGCGAAUGUGGUUGGAUUUGGAACACAGACGAGUGGAGCGAGGAUCGUAAUUCAGCUCUUGACGGAAGAGAAGAGAGGCGAAAUCGAUUUGGAGAAGCUGUGGACCGCUGUGUUGAAGAAGUCGACGAAGGAAAAGGAAGCAAUGCAGAUGAAGGAGGACAACGAGGGAGGUGAUGAGGAGCAGCACGGGCAAGAGAACCCAUCGAGCCCACAGCACGAUGCUUCCAGUCUCGCUCAGAGACCUGCUUUUGCUCAACAACAGGCUCGCGCAUUUCACACGUUGUCACGACGACCCCUCGCCGUUCCGACAGUCUCCAGCACGAUUACGGGCCGAAAUCCUCCAACACAAGACGAGAGUCCAGCCGGCGAAGCAAUGUCUGCACACUCGAUAUCUACGUUGAACUCUGCAUUGGACACUCUCGCACGCAUGCCGCAUGAGUCGGCUGUGGCUACCCUUGGCGACGACUUCAUGUCUCCUGCAGCGAUUGAGGGUGUCGAGACUGCUCGGAACUUUGCCGUGGCCGGCACGUCUGAUUUUGUUCAAGCCUUCAAUGCUGCCAUGCCGCCAUUUCCAGAAACGGCUCACUGGCACGCCCAUGUCCAAUUGCUGGCCUUGGCGUAUCGCUUUGGCCAUCCAAAUGUCUACAACAACACACUCCUAGCCGCUCUACAGAACAUGGUCGUUACUGGAAUGGUGCCCAUGGAGCGGAGCUACAUCUCUGUUCUGGGUGCUUUACUCGGCAAAGUCGAUCGCAGUAGCCCGGCUUUUGAGUACGACAUGGAACCCAUCUUCGAUCUUUUGGAAGAGAUGGAGCAUUAUGGGUACAAUGCAUUGCGUCCUGAAAUCCUUGAAGCCCUGCACCGCGCUUUGGUCGGCCCUCCAACGACUACAGAGCGGACCACAUUGCAGUCACUGGUGCCCGCGCUCGGCCUCGCCAGGCUCAAACGACAUUUGGCCACUGCAGACGUGAAGAAGUUCUGGCAGUCGUGGAACAGCUUUCCUCGUCGACUGAUACCUCGCUCGGUAGAGAUGUAUGUCGUACUAUACGACGCGCUAGCAAGCGAGAACAUGGCCCUGGACUUCCACCGCACGCGGAGUGCUCUUACCUACUGGAUCCACGAGAUGGAGCACGAGGCAGAUCCGGUCACGGUUGAGAAUGGAGGCGUGGAGCUUGCCAUGUCGCUGUUCAAGGCGAUUAAGUAUGUCGAUCCGCUGGCUGAGAUCAAGGAAUGGAACGAUGUGAGGGGGAAGUGUGAGAAGGUGCUGAGGGCGGCUCUUCAAUGA